GUUUUGCUUUGCAUUUUGGGGUAUUGGAUUGGAAACUAAAUUGGUGAAAAAUGACUGAAAUUAUAGCUUGUAGAGCCUGUCUCGCUACACACGUAACCCUAUACCGGGAUGUAGACCUCUACACUCAAGAAGUUUACCAACACUUAACAAAUAUAGCUUUCGAGAGUGCGGAUGGCAAGCCGCAGUUGUUCUGUCUGGAGUGCCACUCGCUGCUGCGGAGGUGCCAGCACUUCCGGGACAGGUGCCUGCGAGCCGACGGCGUGUUGAACCAGCUGCUGCUGAGCGAAUUGGGUCUCAAUCAAGAUACAAUAUCUCUAUUUGAUAGAAAUGCUUACAAUCUUACAUCGAAGUGCUCCCUAUCACAAAUUGAGAACAUCAACAUAACCCCAACAAAAUAUAGUACAGAGAACAAAGAUAGCAUUAAACAUUUAAAAAAUAAUGUAGUUGAUGAUCUUGAAAAAAAUAUUGUAGAAGAUGUAAAAAAUAAUUUUCUAAGUAAAGAAAUUAAGGAAGAGUAUGACAAUAAUGAUGAUAAUAUAGCAGAUGAUAGUGCAACACAGAAUGAUGAUGAAUUGAAACCAAAAUCUGAAAGUGAUUCAGAUGACGAUGUUCCAUUGCAGAGACUGAGCCAUAAAAAGAAAGAAAAACUUAUCAGGUUCAAAAAGAAAGAUGAAUCAGAAUUAAUUGAAGAGUUUGCAAAGGAAGUAAUUUUAUCAAAAGAAGAACAGAUAAAGGAUUUAAAUGACCGAGCCAACAGUAAACAAUAUCAACAGUCUUCUCACAAAUGCACUAUUUGUUUCAAAGGUUUCAUUGAUCUCAGUGCCUACAACAACCAUAUGGAAAAACAUGAUGAGAAAAGCGGCACACAUGAGUGUGAAAUCUGCAAGCUCAGAUACGAGACGGCGCGGCAGCUGCGCGCGCACUCGGACACUGUUCACUGCCGCAAGUACGACUGCCUGCGCUGCCGCCACCGCUCGCUCACCGCCCACCAAGCGCGCGAGCACGAAAAAUGGCACCGCGGCUUCACCUACUCCUGCAAGUUAUGCUCAAAAAUCUUCCGCAAGCCGACGUCACUACUCACGCACACGCGCAAGAGCCACGCCACGCAACACGCGUGCGAGCUGUGCGGCGACAGCUUCGUGGGCCGCCACGGACUGCUCAUGCAUAAGAGCAAGACGCAUAGAAGUGGAGGGGAAGAGUUACAAGAGGAUGUCCCAGAGUCGGAGAGGUUCUGUAAAGACUGCAACAUUCUGUUCGUAUCGCUGAAAGCUUGGAAACGACACAUCAUCACGUCUGUGAAACAUAUUCAGGAUAGUAAAGACAGUGACGUUUGCCGGGUGUGUAACUCACACUUCGCGACCAACACUGAACUCGUCAACCACAUGAAACAACACACGAGAGAGAGCAUAAGAAAUAAACGCUCUACUCCCAUUGUGAAAAGGGUUGCUUGCUCUCAGUGCGGAGUCAAAUUCAUCAACAAUUCAAAACUGCAAAAUCACAUAAACCGAGUUCACCUCGGCUUGAAGCACCACAAGAAUUAUGUGUGCGAAAUUUGUGGCAGGAACUGUACGUCGAACGCAACGCUCAAGUACCACCAGCGCACGCACACGGGCGAGCGGCCCUACCCCUGCACCGAGUGCGGGAAGAAGUUCGCGGACAGCAACCAGCUGCGGAUACACGGCAGGGUGCACAGCGGCAGCCGACCCUACUCGUGCGCGGUAUGUGCGAAAAGCUUCAGACAACGGCCCUCGCUCAACCGACAUAUGCGCGUACAUACAGGUGCGAAGCCGUAUGCGUGUCCGUAUUGUGCCAAAACCUUCAGCCAAUCGAACUCACUGAAGCUGCACAUAAGGACAGUGCAUUUCAAACUUCCUAGGAGCAACGCGGUUAAGAUUAACGUCAAACAGUAAAAUUAACUGCCAAUCAGAGUAUGGCCUUUCGUAAACAAAUGAUACUAUCGUAUAAGUUACUGUGUACAGUUUACUAGAGAGUAUUAUUCAAAGCUAAGCAUAAUUUUAAAUCAUUUUAUUCGCUUUUUGAUGAUGAUGAUAAUGACGUGUAGUAUUGUAUAAAGUGGCAAUAGAGAUUUUGGAAGUAAAAUCGGAUAUUUAGACGUUGUUAAAUACUGCCUAGUAUUUUUAGAAUAUCUUAAAAGACUGCUUUAAUUCUAAUUUAUUUUUAUAUUUUUUACAUUAUUGUAAAUUAACUGCAUUUCUUAUACUAUGUAGAUUGUAGGUACCGAGUAUUCAUUAAAAUAUUUUUAUUAAAAAUA